AGCAGCCGGCCAAGAUGGCGGCGUUGCCGGGCCGUUGAGCGGCCCCCGCGGGCGGGCGGCACCGGGCGGAGGCGGCACCGGGCGGUACCGGGCGGGCGCCGUUGUGCUGAGCGCCGCGGGUCAUUGAGGCGGGGGAUGCGGUCGGGACGGGACUCUCCGCCGCGGCUCUGAGCGCAUCGUCCCUCCGGCCGCGGCCGGUCUCCCGGCGGGGACACUCUCUCCGGCCGCGGCGCCGCCGCCGGCGAUGACCGGCGAGAAGCUGCGCUCGCUGCGCAGGGACCACAAGCCCAGCAAGGAGGACGGGGACCUGCUGGGGCACGGCGAGGAGGAGGCGGCCGCCGCGCCAGGAGCCGUGUUCACCGGGGGGCGCGGGAGCGGCAAAGGCGGCCGGGCCGGGGGGCACCGCGUGUUCAGCAACAACCACCAGCAGCGGCUGAAGGGCCCGGCGGGCGGCGGGACGGGCCCGGGCGCGGAGGCCGAGCGGUGCCCCGGGCACUUCCCCGUGCACGAGUGCGUCUUCAAGGGGGACGUGAGGCGGCUGUCGGCGCUCAUCCGCACGCAGGGCAUCGGCCAGAAGGACAGCCACGGAAACACUCCUUUGCAUCUUGCUGUGAUGUUGGGACAUAAAGAAUGUGCCCACUUGCUUUUAGCCCACAACGCUCCAGUAAAGGUGAAAAAUGCUCAGGGAUGGAGCCCUCUUGCAGAAGCCAUCAGCUAUGGAGACAGACAAAUGAUUACAGCACUCCUACGGAAGCUUAAACAGCAGUCCAGGGAAAGUGUUGAGGAAAAGCGACCUCGAUUAUUAAAAGCCCUGAAGGAGCUAGGUGACUUCUAUCUAGAGCUUCACUGGGAUUUUCAAAGCUGGGUGCCUUUACUUUCCCGAAUUCUGCCUUCCGAUGCAUGUAAAAUACACAAGCAAGGUAUAAAUAUCAGGCUGGACACAACUCUCAUAGAUUUUACUGACAUGAAGUGCCAACGAGGGGAUUUAAGCUUCAUUUUUAAUGGUGAUGCAGCACCCUCUGAAUCUUUUGUAGUUUUAGACAACGAACAAAAAGUUUACCAGCGAAUACAUCAUGAGGAAUCUGAGAUGGAAACGGAGGAAGAGGUUGACAUUUUGAUGAGCAGUGAUAUUUACUCAGCAACGUUAUCAACCAAAUCAAUCACCUUCACGCGUGCCCAGACAGGAUGGCUUUUUCGAGAAGACAAAACAGAAAGAGUAGGAAACUUCUUGGCAGAUUUCUACCUGGUUAAUGGACUUGUGUUAGAAUCAAGAAAAAGAAGGGAACACCUCAGUGAGGAGGAUAUUCUUCGGAAUAAAGCUAUCAUGGAGAGCCUGAGUAAAGGUGGCAACUUAAUGGAGCAAAACUUUGAGCCCGUCAGACGACAAUCCCUCACUCCACCAUCGCCCAAUACCAUUACAUGGGAGGAGUACAUAUCAGCUGAAAAUGGAAAAGCUCCUCAUUUGGGCAGAGAACUGGUCUGCAAAGAAAGCAAGAAAACCUUUAAAGCAACAAUAGCAAUGAGCCAGGAGUUUCCCUUAGGAAUCGAAUCAUUAUUGAAUGUUUUAGAAGUAAUUGCACCCUUCAAGCACUUUAACAAACUUAGAGAAUUUGUUCAGAUGAAGCUUCCACCAGGCUUUCCUGUCAAAUUAGAUAUCCCCGUGUUUCCCACCAUCACAGCCACUGUGACUUUCCAGGAGUUCCGUUACGAUGAGUUUGAUGAGUCCAUCUUCACUAUUCCUGAUGACUACAAGGAGGACCCCAGCCGUUUUCCUGAUCUCUAAUUAAACUGGAAGGUUAAUGGAAUUCCCUCCGUGUCGCUGCACUGAACGCGCCCGGCUGCGUUUCUCGGCCUGGAGCUGGAGGCGCUGAGCGCGUCUGCGUCCUUUGCAGCUCAGCGGCUGCCCGUCGGUUCCUGCCUCAUCCCCGUUGGGUGCGAUGUGCUGACCCGCUGCUCGCUCCGUUUCCUCCCGCUGCCCGGCGCUGUGUUUCCACCCCAGGCGCGUUCCCUGCCCACCAUGACUGUGGGGCACAGCUGCGAUGUGCAGUUUGUAAUUGCCAUGGAAAAACCAUGGUACUAUAAUAAAUAUCUAUUUCUGCCCCCAAUGCUCUAAAGGUAACAGCUGCUGUUUAAUAGAGUGCAGGAUUUAACAACCAAACCACAACCAGCCACCACUGGUAACUCCUCUGCUCCUGACCUUCCCUUCCCAGCUGUCAUUUUCCAAGCCCUAAAUCUAACUGAGCUCCUCCCUGCCAACAGGAAGGGGUGGGAAGGGAGGAGGGCCUUUCUCACCCCUCAGCUCACCAUUAAUUAGCACAGUGUUACUCAGCUCCUGCUUUGGUGCAUCUUUAAUCUGUGGCUGAGCCAACAGCUGUGGAUGGUGCUGCCUCUGCUCUGUGCCCCAAUUUUAAGUGUUAAAAAAGUCCAGCAAGUUCCUACUGUGAGUUAAAGGCACCUUGAGGAAUGGCAGAGGGCAGAAGCUGCUGCUCAGUAAGGGUUAAACUAAUUAAGUAGUGCAGAGAUGAUCAGAGCGCUUGGAACGCCUCAUCUCCAGAGGCAGAGAUCUGAUUUUCAGUAAUAAUUAUUCCAUUUAAACCAGUGAGAUGGAAUUACUCAGCGCUGUGUGAGACCUGGCAGGCAGCACAGAAGGGCCACAGAGGCCCAAGUACCACAGGAGGCAGCAGCAUUGGACUGGGGCAGGGAAGCACAGCAGCAAGUUGCUCCUCCAGCCCUUGGCAUCCCAUCUCAGCUCCCAGCCCCGAACAGCCGGGCAGCCGCCUCGCUUACAUGGGAGGCGAUGAACUGCAGCGUUAGCAAACAGCCGCUGCUUCCCCAGCUGCUCCCAUUGGGCUCAGGCAGCCCGGGGUGCACAGGGCACAGGGGCUGCUUCCCUACAGCCCCGAGCUGGAAAGCAGCUGAUCAUUAAUAAACCACGACCAGCCCCAUAUCCCCUUCAGCUCAGCGCCCUGCUGAGGACCCGGCCCAUGAAUGACUUCCACAACACCAGCGUCCAAGGAUCAAGGAGGUUUGCUUUAUUACUAUAAACUGGUUCAUGUUCGUAUACUUCACAUAUAAAUAUCCCGGUGACAACUAAAGGCACACACCUAUGAAGACAUCAUGCACCUCAGCUGUGCCCGUACUCCAUUACAAGAACUGUCGCCUUCUCUCCGCCAUCAGAACUGAAGGGCUGGGGCUGCUCCCAUGGCAUCAGCCCGGCGGGGCUGGCAAAAUACACAGAACGGCUGCUGGUAAAAACUCCCAUUUCUACAAGUUCUAAUAAUGGGUUGGUGUGUCUGAUUCACUCUGUGCCAAAGGGGCUGUUUGCAGAGCAGGCGGGUGGAUCCAUCGGCUCCCAGCUCCAUUCCCAAACUCACUGUGCUCACACGUUGCUCUCGCUGCUCCCUGCUGCCUCCCAUCAGUGCCCUAAAGCUCAAAGAGCACCACAGGUACAAGAGUUUUACAAAGCCCUGUUUCUCUUAUAACACAUUUGCCCCUCGCUGCCAUUACAGCCUGUUCGCUCCCAGCCCAGCAGCUCCAUCCCUGCACUCAGCUCUGACCCACCACAGCAGACGGAGCCGUGUGUCCUGCUGGAAACAGGUGAGCGAAGAAAAGGAGGAGGGCAACCCCCCCCCAGCAGCGUAAAUAAAUAAAUACCAGCACAGUUUGUCAGGAACGGGAGGGUGAGUUUCAGGGUUUUAUUAUCAAAGUUCUGUAAAACAAUUUCAGAAACUGUACAUCGAAUGGCACAGAGCGGAGCCACCUCUGCGUUCUGACCUGCACCAAAGGAAAAGCCGUGGAACUUUGCAACUAACAAAACUGCUCGCCUACCUACAUUGCAUAUAACGUGGGAUCACUGUGCAUGAGGUUACACUGCAGCGACAGCCGACACCAAUCAGUUCAUACAACUCGAGAUCAAGUAAAAAGUACAUUAUCAAGUAGCCUCGCUUUUAAAAGCAUACAAAGGUCAGUUUUAAAAUGCACCACCUCUUACCCGCGAGUUCAGCUCACAAACAACCAGAACGGCCCGACUGUGAGCGCUGCUGUCACUCGCGGCUCCAGGCUGCAGCAGGGAAGCUCGGAACCAUUUGGGCUCGUCCCUUUUUGCUGCCUGCGGUGGAUGCAGACCCAGGGAUGGAAGCAGCCCCAGAAGGGCAGCGCAUUACAACCUCAUCAAAGCCAGAACAAAACCCACGGGGAAAGAAAACAACAGGGAAACAGAAACCAAAGACAAAACAAAACCCCCCAGAACAGAAGCCCGGCCACGUGGCUCAGGACAAAGAACCCGACCCAUGUGAGAACUGCCAGAAGCUGCUGCGUUGAUGAACUGCCCCUUUUCUUCUUGGCUUUUUCUGUGCAGUCACACUUAAGAC